GACCAAGUUCGUGUUCAAAGUUAUUCCUUUUGAGCGAAAGCUUUUGGGCCUCAACAAAAGAUGCAGCGCGCUCGCAACUCAGCUCAGUUACUCGCGGCACUUCCCAGCGUUCGAUUCAACAGUAUUUAGCUGAAAGAUUUACUUUUCUUUGGAAUUUUAAUAAAUAAAUAUUUACAAUGACUAUCAAUAAAUUGUGCUGCACUUUGGCUAUAGGUGUUAUCAUGUGCCUGGGUUUUGCGGAUCUGAUACAAGCGCAGGAUAAACUCCUGGAUGAAGUGUGCCUAGGUUGCAUCUGCGAGGCCAUCAGCGGCUGUAAUCAGACGAGUUACUGCGCCGACGGCGUCUGUGGCCCAUUUCGCAUCACUUGGGCCUACUGGGCGGAUGGCGGCAAGCUGAUCCUGAAUAACGAAAGUCCCCAGUCGGAGGAGGCCUUUGCCAACUGCGUCAACGAUCCCCAUUGCGCGGCCAACACCGUCCAGAACUACAUGAACAAGUUUGGACAGGAUUGCAAUGGCGAUGGCAUCGUGGAUUGCUACGACUAUGCAUCCAUACACAAGCUGGGUGGCUUUGGCUGCAAGGGCGAACUGACACAACAAUAUAAGACCUCACUGGAUGAGUGCAUCAAGGCACACUCGAACAUUGAUGUGCGCAUAUUGCAUUAAGCUAUAUAAUCUACGGGCUUUUAUUUUGAUUAUUUACAUGCAAUUGUGAGCUGAAAUUUGCAUCUUGAAUCUUUUGAAGUAUGCAGGAACCCGUAUUAACAGAAAAACAAUUAUUUGUUUUAAUUUAAAGCGAGGUGCAAUAUAGACAAUAAAUUAGCAGCUGACAAAAACACUUCCAAAAGA